AUGUUACCUUUAUUUGGUAGGGUUCUUGGUAGAAGAAGUAUACAUGCAAAGAAUUCGAUUGUAUCUGUCGAAGAAUAUUUAAAAGACCCUGUCAAGAUUAUCGUUUUACCCAUCACAAGAGACAAAUCAUUUGUAUAUUUUAAACAUACGGAGGAAGUAAAAAAUAAACAAUCUCGAAUCAUUAAAUAUGAGAAUUGGUUGAAUGUCAAGGCCGGUAAUUAUUGGUUAAAACUAAAUAAUUCACCCAAGAGCUAUAAUAAGAAGAUAGUUAGGUGGGUGAAUUUCUUUCUUGAUAAGAUACCCUGGCAAGAACAUAGUUUACGAAGUAUCCCCAGAGAAAAUUAUAUAUUGAAACGAAUCAAAUAUAAUACGGGGCAAGAAAAAUUGAUGACUAAUAACAAAUAUAUACAAGAAUCGUUGAAAAAUAGCAUGAAGGUGACACCAAUUAAUAUAUAUUAUCCUAAUGAAUUAAUGAAUGCUAAUCAAGUAAAAGAACAAUUGAACCGGUUAAUUGUACGAGGCACAAAAUAUCAUUUACGGUACAUCUUUUAUUGUAUACUAGGGAUCCAAUUUACUUUACCUAUUGUGCUGGUCCCAAUUGUACCCAACAUUCCUGGAUUUUAUCUAGCAUAUCGUGCCUAUUGUAAUUUCCAAGCAUAUUUGGGCGCAAAACAUAUCGGUACAUUAUUAAAUGAUCCAAUAAAUGGCACUUCCAAUGUUCAAGUAUCAUUCAAAGGGAUAAACAAUUAUUCCAAAUAUUUCCAAACGAAUAUAAAUACUAAAGAACAACAAAUAAAUGAGUUUUCUCAUGAGAUUUUUUUACAAGAUAAAGAUUCUCGCGAUCAACUAUUAUCGUUUCUACAAUUACCUGAGAUGAAGAAAGAAUUGGAAAAGGCAAUCCAUCAAGAAACCCUACUUAUUAAAAAGUAG